AUGGAGAGAAUUCAGGUUCCAGAUAAAGAUUUGAGAGUCAUCAGCAAAUACUGGAGGCUCUCGGCUUCGGUGCUGGCUGCAGAAAGCGACCCGUACGGGCCUUUGCUGCCAGGCUGGGAAAAAAGAGUAGAUUCAACAGACAGAGUUUACUUCGUGAAUCAUAACACAAACACGCAGUGGGAAGACCCAAGAACUCACGGCUUACAGAACGAAGAGCCCCUGCCCGAGGGCUGGGACAUCAGGUACACGCGGGAAGGCGUGCGGUACUUCGUGGACCACAACACCCGGACCACCACCUUUAAAGACCCACGCAGCGGGAAGUCGUCCGUAACGAAAGGCGGCCCGCAGAUCGCCUACGAGCGCAGCUUUCGGUGGAAGCUGGCUCAGUUCCGGUACCUGUGCCAGUCCAACGCGCUCCCCAGCCACGUGAAGAUCAACGUGUCCCUGCAGACGCUGUUCGAAGAUUCCUUCCAGCAGAUUAUGGCAUUAAAACCCUAUGACCUGAGGAGGCGACUCUAUGUAUUAAUAUUCAGAGGAGAAGAAGGACUUGAUUAUGGUGGCUUAGCAAGGGAAUGGUUUUUCUUGCUCUCCCACGAAGUCCUGAACCCCAUGUACUGCUUGUUCGAGUACGCGGGCAAGAACAACUACUGCCUGCAGAUCAGCCCCGCGUCCACCAUCAACCCGGACCACCUCUCCUACUUCUGCUUCAUCCCCGCGUCCACCAUCAACCCGGACCACCUCUCCUCCUUCUGCUUCAUCGGCCUCUUCAUCGCCAUGGCGCUUUUCCACGGGAAGUUCAUCGACACUGGCUUCUCCUUGCCCUUCUACAAGCGCACGCUGAGCAAAAAGCUGACGAUUAAGGACCUGGAAUCCAUCGAUCCUGAGUUUUAUAACUCCCUUAUUUGGAUAAGAGACAACGACAUCGAAGAAUGUGGCUUAGAAAUGUACUUCUCCGUGGACAUGGAGAUCCUGAGGAAAGUGGCCUCGCAUGACCUGAAGCCGGGCGGCGCCAGCAUCCUGGUGACGGAGGACAACAAGGACGAGUACAUUGGCCUCAUGACCGAGUGGCGCUUCUCGCGUGGCGUGCGGGAGCAGACGCAGGCCUUCCUGGACGGCUUCAACCAGGUGGUGCCCCUGCAGUGGCUGCAGUACUUCGACAGGAAGGAGCUGGAGGUGAUGCUGUGCGGCAUGCAGGAGGUGGACCUGUCCGACUGGCAGCGGAACACCGUGUACCGGCGCUACACCCGGAACAGCAAGCAGAUCAUCUGGUUCUGGCAGUUUGUGAAGGAGACGGACAACGAGGUGAGGACGCGUCUGCUGCAGUUUGUCACGGGGACCUGCCGCCUGCCCCUGGGCGGCUUCGCCGAGCUCAUGGGAAGUAAUGGGCCUCAAAAUGGGAAAGACACCUCGUUACCAAGAAGCCACACGUGUUUCAACCGCCUGGACCUGCCGCCAUAUAAGAGUUACGAGCAACUGAAGGAAAAGCUGCUUUUUGCCAUAGAAGAGACGGAGGGGUUUGGACAAGAAUAGAGGAGCUGUGGCCGGAGGCUCUGCGUCCGCACCUCUGCAAACAUAAAAGGUUCCGUUCUCACUGAAUAUGCAAAAGAACUCUUCUUUUCUACUUUAUUUACUGUUCCCUUGAACUGACCGACCAGGAAAACGAUCUCCCUUAACUUUGGAAGUGAGACUUUAGCGGCUCUAGUUUUAUAGAGCUGCUCGGCGCCACGCCAGCUCCUGAUGCCCACGUCCGGAUGCUGCUCCUCAGCUCUGCCCGCCCGCCCCUUACCCUCCCCUGCCAUCUCCACACUGUGUGGUUCAGGAAGGCACUGAGGCCCAGGCCAGAGCUGACAGAUGUGAGCUGCGCUGCUGGCUGCUCUUUAGACGGUGCUGGAGCCGUCAGUCUGUUGGAAUUAAACGCGAGAGCUGAGCGCGCUCACCGCACCGCGACGAGGGGGUGAGUGGCAGCAGCUUGGACGGAGUCCCCUGACCAGACCAGCACCGCCUGGCCCAGCGCCUGGGCCUGCAGGUGCGCGCUCCUCCGGGUGCUAGCACCUGUGGGACUAAAGCGGGCAGCCUGCACUAUUGAAAACGUGAUGGUCUUUACUCUGAAUGCACAGUAAAUGGAUGCGAUCUGAUACUGAGGGACAUAAAGGUAAUGUCAACUUUUCCACAAACUGUCCCAAGUUUCGGUUCCUAAAACCAAAUGGACGGAAGAGUUCAUGAGCAUCUGACUUCCAACUAAUGAGUCUAAUGAUUUCCUACUAGUGUCUUAAUAUUUCCUUGAAAAUUUAUGAAAAAUUCUAUGUAUCUGAAUUAAAUAAGCAUAUAAAGAAGUCUUUUGUCCUCCCCCCCUUUCUAUAUAGAUCAUUAUUUUUGUCCUAAGUAAAUACUUUUUAAUUAUUUUUCAUAGUCAAGGGCAUUUGCUGAACUACAAAUAUGAAUAACAAAUUAAAAUCUGAUGUGAAUGACA